GCCGAAGCGCGGGGUUUGCUCACCUGGCCCGUGGCGUGACGUUGCCUUAGUAACCACAACUUCCGGCCUGGACCGGAAGACCGUGUAGGCGCACUCCCAGAGAUGCGCCGGCCCGGCGCGCGGAGAGACCCAGCCCCUCCGGCCGCCCGAGCCCUGCCCUCCCGCCGGGAGACGGCGGCGUCCCAGAGGACUCGCGACCCAGCCCAGCGUGUCGCUUGCCCGCGGGCCGGGCGCCAUGGAGGCCUUCAUCCGUUUUACCAACCAGACGCAGGGCCGGGACCGGCUCUUCAGAGCCGCUCAGUACACAUGCAUGUUGCUUAGAUAUUUGUUAGAGCCUAAAGCUGGCAAAGAGGAGGUGGUCAUGAAGCUCAAGACCCUGGAGUCUAGUGUGAGCACUGGCCGGAAAUGGCUCAGACUGGGCAACGUGGUGCACGCCUUGCAGGCCGCUCAGCAGAGCAUGCGCGCCUCGGACCUGGUGCCCCGCGUGUGCCUGACGCUCGCCCACCUCAACCGCGUGGUCUACUUCGUCUGCGACACCGUGCUCUGGGGGCGGAGCGUCGGGCUCGCCCCCGGCGUCGACCAGGAGAAGUGGCGCCUGUGGGCGGCGCGGCACUACUGCUGCUCGCUCGUGCUGAGCCUGCUCAGGGACCUGUAUGAGGUCUCCCUGCGGAUGCAGCAGGCGGCGCAGGACCGGGCGGCGGGCGGGAAGUCGCCCUCCCAGGAGCCUCUGGGCUACAGCGUGGCCGACGAGGAGACGGAAUGGCUGCAGUCCUUCCUCCUGCUCUUAUUCCGCUCCCUGCGGAAGCACCCCCCGUUGCUGCUGGACACGGUGAAGAACCUCGGCGACAUCCUGAUCCCCUUGGACCAGCUGGGCAUCUACAAGUCCCACCCUGGCGUCAUUGGGCUGUGCGGACUCGUGUCCUCCCUGGUGGGGGCCGUCACCGUGGCCUGGCCUCACCUGAGGCUGAAGACCCCCUGAGGCAGGGCAGGGGGAAGGCUUAAACGGCUGCUUUUCCUCGGUCCACACCCUCUGCCGGAACAGGUUAAUCAUAUCUAAUUAAAUUUCUAGACGAG